CUAAUGAACGGGUGUUUAAAGUAGUGUUCGUUUCAGUUACACCAAAAAAAAAAAAAAGUUGAAAUACAUUUUAAUUGAAUUUGUUUUAUAGUUUUGUAUAAAUACACGCAAAUAAUGACUGAGAAUAAUAAAAUACGACUUAAAGAUGCGCUGAUGAGGAAGAAAAUUUAUUUGGACGGCGAAGAGGCGAGCAAUGGAAAACUUAAAAGAACAUUAAAUUUGUUUGAUUUAAUAUUUUUGGCCACUGGCGGUACAUUGGGAUCAGGAGUGUACGUAUUGGCUGGAGUUGUGGCUAAAACAUUUGCUGGACCCGCUGUAAUAUUAUCAUUUAUUUUAGCUGCUAUAGUUUCAUCAUUUGCAGGUCUUUGUUACGCCGAGUUCGCCGGUCGAGUACCCAAAGCCGGGUCUGCGUACAUUUAUACAUAUGUAGCUGUGGGAGAAUUUCCCGCUUUUAUAAUCGGUUGGAACUUAAUAAUAGAACACAUUAUAGGGGUCGCGUCCAUUGGCAAGGCUACAAGUAAUUAUUUCGACUCGCUACUUGGAUAUCCACAAAAAAAAUUCAUGCUGGAACACUUACCAAUACACGUCAGUUUUUUGGGAGAAUAUCCGGAUGUCGCGUCGUUUAUAUUCAUAAUGAUGUUAACGAUGGUGGUAGCGUGGGGUGUUCGCGAAUCAGCUUUGGCCAACAAUAUCCUGACGUCGUUAAAUUUGCUGGUCAUAUUUACAGUUGUCGCCACAGGAUGUUAUUUUGCUGACCUAUCCAACUGGAAUGUUAAAAAGAGCGACAUCCCUCCCGGCGUGAACGGCGGAGAAGGCGGAUUCUUUCCCUUUGGAUGGCCAGGAGUAAUCGCCGGAUCGGCCAAAUGCUUUUAUGGAUUUAUCGGUUUCGAUACUAUAGCAACAACCGGUGACGAAACGAAAAACCCAAAGAGAAAUAUCCCGUUGGCGCUCAUUAUUUCUCUGAUAAGCAUCACCACGGUGUACGUUUCAGUAGCUAUUGUCAUGACUCUGAUGUGGCCGUACUACGACCAAGACUCUAGUGCACCGUUGCCUAUAAUUUAUGACCAUUUGGGAAUGCCCUUAAUAAAAUAUUUCAUUUCAGGAGGAGCAAUAUUCGCUUUGACUACCACAUUAAUAGGUGCGAUAUUUCCAUUGCCCAGAAUUCUGUAUGCCAUGUCUUCCGACGGCUUACUAUUCAAAAUUCUGUCAAAAGUCAACAAAACUACCAAAACGCCUUUUAUAUCUUCAGUCAUAUGCGGAAUUUUAUCUGGUUUCCUAGCGAUCAUAUUCAAUUUGGAGCAGCUCAUCGAUAUGGCGUCCAUUGGUACUUUUCAAGCUUACACAAUUGUUUGUAUAUGUGUGCUCAUGUUAAGGUAUAAAGAUAAUAGUGAAUCUAAGGAACCAAUAAAUAUUAACUGGCGUAAUGCUCUUAAGUUAUGUUGUAAUUUAUCGAAUGUAAAAGUUCCGAAUUCGUAUACCCAAUAUUUUGCAAGAGCAUUUAUAUUUAUUUUUGUAUGUGCAACAUGCAUUUUAUCUUUUAGUUUGAUGAAUUUGGACACGUAUCAAAGCAUCAGAUAUAUUUUAGUCGCAACAAGCCUAAUUUCAGCUAUAGUAUUAUUAUUAACGUUACUACUGUUUAGUAGACUACCUAAAGUAACUGAAAGUAUAUACUUUAAGGUACCUUGUGUUCCACUUAUACCGUGCUUGAGUAUAUUUUUGAAUAUUUAUUUAAUGAUGGUGUUGGACUACAAGACUUGGAUACGAUUCUUUGUAUGGAUAGCUUUAGGAUUACUAAUAUACUCGUUUUAUGGAAUUAAUCACAGCUUGGAAGCAAUUAAAAGGAAAGAACUGAACGAAAAUAGGCAAACUAAACUGUGAUCACUGUUGUCUUGUAUAUAUGUAUAUACUACUAAAAUAUAAAUAUAAAUAAGAUAAUAAUUUUUACCAAA